CUUUUUCUGGGAUUUUUCUUCGACCACGCACGCGUGGCCCGACGACAUGUUAUAUAGUUGCGGACGGAAGAAGUGAUUUCUUCUCUUAUCCUUGAGCUUUUUUGCCUAUUUUCUAGCUGGUUUGCUUUCAAGCGCUUUCUAGUUUUUGGUUCUUAUAAGCGACAGCGGUUAUAUGGGUUUGGGAAUGAAAGACUGGCUGGCGGCUAGGACUGGACUGGACUGGACUGGAUGGUACAGGACACAGGCGCACAUCGUUAUCGGUCUCGAGUAAUCUCGCAUUUAAAACGGCCGCUUUCCCUUUGCACGUUUAUUUUUUUCUAUUUGGUUUUGCCUUUAGUCGCCUCGGCGGCAUAUUUUGUGGAUGGUAUGGAGGCGCUUCGGGACUUGACUUUUUUUUUUUUUUCCUUACUUUUUUAUAUCUUUUCGUUUCUUCUUUCUUUCGUCUCUUACCACUUCAUCUGGCGCUGCUGUUUCCUUCAUCGCUAUCGUUGGGGGUUUGCGUUUUUCUGGAGGUAUUCGCUGGAUCGUCGUCGUCGUCGUCUCUUUCCCUUGUGUGUGUGUUUGGAAUGGCAGGCCUCGCGCCACGUUGCGUCGUCGAGUCUGGUGGCGUUUCUGGUGCCGGUGCUGGUUUCCUUCGGUUUUUCAUGCAUGGGCUCGCUGCCCUGUUUCGCUCCUCUCCUCCUCUCUUCCUCUCCUCCUACUCCUCGUCCUCUCUUCGCCAGAUUUUUUUUUUUUUUUUUUUUUACACCGUUGCGUUUGUCUCCCUUUUUGUUCGUUUGUUUGCCUCCUGCUCGGUCGGCCUCGUGUUAUACCCCUUGGUCCUGAUUCUUACUCGUUUUAUUGGGUUUCUAUGCGUCUGCGAGUGCGCUCCGUUUUGCUGAUUGCGGUUGCUGCUGCUGCUAUGCGUGUGUGGUGCGUUGCGUGCGUUGUGUGCGUUGCGUGCGUGCGGUGCAGUCCGUACUUUUGUUGGUGCCUCUUGCUGGGCGCCCAGGGGCCUCAGGCGGUCCGGAUGGGUCGG